CAAAGACUUUAGCUCAGGUCACAUCCAAUCGGCUUGCGUUCUGCUCUUCUUGAAACAUGUCGCCCAUGAAGCUGUGUGUUCCAGGUGAUAGGCUAUGCAGCACAGAAGACUGUAUGCCCGGUACUGGGGUGUACCUACGACACGGCUACAUCUACUCCUCGCUAGCAGGCUACGUACUCAGGAAGAACGAAGGAGAGGAGCUACCAGUCAUCUCGGUGGUGAGAGAAACCGAGGCUCAGCUACUACCAGAUGUAGGAGCCAUAGUGACCUGUAAGGUGACCAGUAUCAACCCCAGGUUUGCCAAGGUCCACAUCCUCUACGUUGGUUCCACACCACUGAAGGACCGUUUUAGAGGAACCAUCAGGAAAGAAGAUGUACGAGCAACAGAAAAAGACAGGGUGGAGACGUAUAAAAGCUUCCGUCCUGGAGACAUCGUCCUGGCUAAAGUCAUCUCCCUGGGAGACGUCCAGUCCAACUACCUGUUGACCACAGCAGAGAACGAGCUGGGGGUGGUGGUAGCCCACAGUGAAGCAGGAGCCCAGAUGGUGCCUAUCAGCUGGUGUGAGAUGCAGUGCCCACGGACACACGCCAAAGAGUUCCGCAAGGUGGCCAGGGUGCAACCUGAGUACCUGCAGGCCUGAGCAGGGACCAGUGGGCGGCGUGCACCCCUCACCUCUCCAGCCCCCCCGGCAGGGACCCCUUUCCCCUCCUCAAGGAACACACAGCUUCCCUAUCUCUGAUAGAGAGACAAACUCACUCACACUUGGAUUGUGAAAGAUGCAUUGUCUACAAAGGACCAAAAUGUUUUAGAGGUCAUGUACAGAUGCUUGGACAUGAUGCUUAUAUAGUACACGGGUCAUUGACCUGACACACACAGAGCCUUAUUUUCAGGGGGGAUACCUCAACAGUAGAUUCCUCCCUCUACAACCUACAGCAAGGCAGCAUUUUUUUCCCUCCAGGUCCUGGAGGGCUACAGUAGAGGUGCAGGAUUUUGUUCCAACCCAGCACUAGGACACCUGAUUCAACUGAUCACUGGGGCCUUGAUUGGCUGACUCAGUCUCGUUAGUGCUGGACUAGAAUAAAAGCCUGCACCUCUACUGUAGCCUUGUAGAACCAGGUGAGAGAGAGAUGCUGCCUUGCUGUAGGUUGUAGAGGGAGGAAUCUACUGGGCUACAAUACUAGCCCUUUGGAAGCAGGAAUAAAUAACAUCCGGGGUCACCUUCUGAUCCCAGGUCACCUUCUGAUCCCGGGUCACCGUCUGAUCCGGGGUCACCGUCUGAUCCCAUACCCUUCUCCCUGAAGUGUGCUCUCAUGUAUCCCCCAUGGAUUUACUAGCAUCUCUUCCAC